CAGGCGCAUAGAGAAGGAACACGAGGAAGGAAAGCAGUAAAUAAAAAAUAUGAAUGAUUGAAUUUGAUUAAUUAAAAAAGUGUUUUACAACCAACAGAGGACAGAGGGCGAUAUUACACUGGUCUUCAAUCAUCUUAAACCCGGAACAAGGAGAAGAAGAUGAAACAAAAACAAAAAUGGCUUUCUCUUGGUCAGUCCCCAGUUACGAGCUCUCCUGUUCGGUCUGCCAGGACACAUACAAAGACCCGGUUCUCCUUGCGUGUGGCCACAGUUUCUGUAAGGUCUGUGUGCUACAAUGGUGGAGAACCAAACACAUGCGCGAAUGUCCCGUUUGUAAGACGGUGUCUUCGACCAACAGACCUCCUCGCAACCUCGUGUUGAAGAACCUAUGCGAGGCUUUCCUUCUGGAGGUGGAGGCCGGGGUCGUCUGCCGCCUGCACGCCGAGAAACUGAAGCUCUACUGCCUGGACCACCGGAGCCCGGUUUGUGUCGUCUGUCGGGAUUCAAAUGAGCACAGGAACCACAGCUUUACGCCCGUGGACGAAGCUGCAAAGGGGAGCAGAGACGACCUGUUGGAAAACCUGAAGCCCUUGCGAGACAAAGUGAAACUCUUCAACGAAAUGAAAGUCAGCUGGGAGAAGACGGAUGAAGAGAUUCAGAACCAAGCGCAGGACACGGAGGAGAAGAUACGGAGCGAGUUCGACGUGCUUAAGGUGUUUUUACAAACCGAGGAAAAGGCCAAGAUUGCAGCACUGAAGCAGGAAAGUGAACUCAAAAGAGCCAUGGUGAAAAACAAGAUUGCAGCGUUGAGCAGAGAGAUAACCGCCAUGGAAAGUACCAUCAAAUCCAUAGAAGGAGGGCUGAAAGAGGAUGACCCCACCUUCCUGUUCAAAGUGGAUGCUUUAAAGAAAGAAGCUCAGCGCCCCCUGAUGGAGGACCCAAAGCAGAUGACAGGGGCCCUCAUCGAUGUUGGCAAAUAUCUGGGAAAUAUUAGGUUCACCGUCUGGUACAAAAUGAAGUAUCUAGUGUCCUACACCCCCGUAAUCCUGAACCCCAACAGUGCCCACCGAGAGCUGCAGCUGUCCGAUGGUUUGACCAGUGUGAAAUGUGCACCGAGGCAGCCUCUUAAUGUUCUGCUCCACACCCAGCCAGAGAGGAUGGACCAGCACCGCAGCGUCCUGGGCUGCCAGGGCUUCAGCUCGGGGAGGCACAGCUGGGAUGUGAGGGUUGGAGACAAUCAAGUGUGGGCGCUGGGUGUGGUGGCGCAGGAAGCCCAGAGGAAGAGGGAUUUACUGUCCGGGUUGUGGAUGUUGAGGUUCUCUCACGGUAAAUUCACAGCCUUUUCCCCGUCUCGUCCGGUGACUGUCCUCCCACUGAAGGACGGGCUCCAGAAGGUCAGAGUGCACCUGGACUGGGACAAAGGAAAGCUGUCCUUCUUGAACCCAGACACUGCCGAGGUCGUACAUACCUUCACACACACAUUCACCGACAGGCUGUUUCCAUACAUCAACACCUGGAAGGACCAUCCAGUGAAGAUAUUGCCACUGAAUAUCUCUGUAGUAGUAACGUAACUGGAGGAGAAUUCAGAAUUGCCUUCUAUCUGUUUUAAAAAAAAAAAGAGAGAAUAUUGCCCCUGUUUUUUUGUAAAGUUCGAUAACUUGCCUUCGUUGUAGCAUUAGAAAGUAAAGUGAGGCUGUGAAUGCUGCAAACGCGAACCCUGAACACACCAGAAUGAAUGUAUGGUCCUACAUGGUCGCAGUAUUUGUAUGUUUAGGGAUGUGUGCAAUGUAAAAAAUACACUAAAAACAUACCAAAAGGCAGUUUUAGUGAAGAAUGUCCUGUUAAACUAUGUUUAUGCUGUCAAAGCCAGAGUUGUCCUAACAAUCUGUGAUCAUGUGUCACUGUCAAUAUGUAGACAGACCAAGCCAAAGCUGUUCUUGAACUUGAGCCUAGUUGCCCACUUUGUCACUUUUUGUAUUUUUCUUUAUUUGUAUCUCUUUCUUAAGGUACCGUGUGGGCGGUUUUCCCUUUACAACAGUGUUCUACAGAUGAAGUUUUCAUUGAAAGUAUCUUUUAUUGCAUUUCUCUGCUGCACUGGAGUGCCUUUAUUUUUUUUAUGACUUCUAUAAUUUGUAUGCAUAACUUUAAACUGAUCUAUUUAUAUAUCUCAAAAAUGAGAGAAAGAUGUUUAUAAAGAAAGCCCUGUCUUCUGAGAAGGAGUGAUACAUAUGUAUCAGAUUGUGUGAAGAACUAUUUAACAGGUGCAUUAUUAUUGUUCCUUAACAAGUCAAAGCACAUUUAUUGUUCCUUAUGAUUAAUAAACAUUCUAAUUAAUAAAUGUAUUACAUGACUAAUUUCUUUCAUUCAACAUGAAAUAUUUAUUCACUGUUAAUAUGUUAAAAUCAUGGCUUUCACGUGAUCAAUUAUUAUUUCUUUCUACUAAUUAUUUCUGCUCCUGCCAAACAAAAGGAAGAACAUUUAUACUUC